AUGAUUGAGUGGGGCAUUGAGAAGAAAGUUUCAAGCUUUGUGACAGAUGCAGGAGCAAAUAUGAUUGCCAGUGUCAGAAAGUUGGGCCUGAGGUCUGUGCCUUGCUAUGCUCAUGCACUGAAUUUAGUGGUGAAGAAGUCCAUUGAGAACACUCCUGGACUGGAAGACCUUCGCACAAGGUCUCGUAAAGUGGUGACCUACUUUAAAACCAGCACUAGAGCCAAAGAGGUAUUGCAACAGGUGCAGAAAUCCACAGGACGCGAGACAAUGAAGCUCAUUCAGGAGGUGGACACUCGCUGGAAUAGCACUUACGACAUGUUCCAGCGGUUGUACGAGGAGAGGCAGACUGUGGGGUCAGCUCUUGCCGUGCUCACCACAAAAGUACGACCACUUGCCUCUGAAGAUUAUGAGACCAUGGCUGCCUGCAUAGCAAUUCUAAACCCAUUCAAGAAGGCAACAAAUGAACUGUCCGAGGAAAAGAGAGUUUCAGGGUCAGUGGCGAUCCCAAUGACAAAAAUGCUCCUUCAUUCUAUGAUAGAUCUUACAGGAAAAACAAGCCAUGCCACUGCAAAAAUACUGGGGCAGAACUUGAUUCAACAGAUGACAUCAAGAUUUGAUGGCCAGGAGGAUUCAACAGCUUGCAACCUGGCCACACUCCUGGAUCCCAGAUUUAAAAUGAUUGGGUUCCACAAUCAAGGUCGUGCCCAUGCAACGAUGAGACGACUGGUAUCAGAAUGUGCAUCUGUAAUGAGAACCUCACUACAGCCAUCUACAACAAAUCAACCAGAACCAGCUCAUCCUGCAAUACAUCCAGCAGAUAAUGAAACUCCAGCAGCAUCCACAGGUUAUAUCAUAAAGAUUAUAUAUACCAACUGUAUAUAUACCAAGUGGGAUUAUAAAUCAUCUUAA